UACAAUUAUAACAAAAUCAGUUUAUAAACAAAUAAAUAAUAUUAAUAACAAUUUGUGUCACAAAAAUGUGCAACACCAUAAAUGGAAUUUUUUAUUGAUUUUCAUGAUCUUAACUUCCUGCGUAGGUGAUAGUUACCAGGCUAGAAAUGCGCACGUCACAUCCUUAUCUCCAUCAUCAACGUCUUCCUCAUUUAUUAAUACACCAGCAACUCUGUUAUUUACUACAUAUCAUGAUAUCCAAGUGGCCAAUAUUACAAAGCCCAUGGGUGCCACCCAAAUUGAUAUCAUCAUUAAAGAUCUCACUGAAACCAUGGCCAUCGAUUUUUAUUAUGCGAAAAAUUUAGUCUGUUGGAGUGAUUGUGGAAGCGGAGUUAUUGAAUGUAUUAAUAUAAAUAGUACGACGGUGCCUUUGACUAGGUCACCUAAACAAACUGUGAUAUCAUCGGGUCUUGAUAAGCCCGAGGGACUUGCAAUUGAUUGGUAUACCGAUAAAUUAUACUGGACAGAUGGUGAAAAGAAUCGAAUUGAAGUAGCUAGUUUAGAUGGAAAAAUGCAGAAAGUGUUGUUCUGGACGGACUUAGACCAGCCGCGUGCUAUAGCUUUAGUGCCAGCAAAACGUUUACUUAUUUGGACCGAUUGGGGUGAAUAUCCAAAAAUUGAACGUGCCAGCAUGGAUGGUGAUCCGCUAACACGUACAACUCUCGUUAAAGACAAUAUUUUUUGGCCUAAUGGCUUAGCAAUUGACUUAAAGAAAGAAUUAAUUUAUUGGGCAGAUGGUCAAUUGAAAUUCAUUGAUGUUAUGAAACUUGAUGGUAGUAAUCGACACACUAUAGUGAAUAAUCUCAUAUAUCCCUAUAGCGUGACCUAUUUUGAUAAUCGUUUGUAUUGGACAGAUUGGUCACGUGGGUCUUUAAAUACAUUCGAUAUACAAACGAAAGAAACUAAGGAAUUAAUUGAUCGGCCAAAUGCACCAAAUUCGGUAAAAGUAUGGAAUCCAACACUACAGCCAUUUGGAGAUAAUCCCUGUAUGCAUAAUAAUGGAAACUGUUCUCAUUUAUGUUUGCUGUCUACAAAUAUUGAAGGUUAUAGUUGUGCCUGUCCAACAGGUGUGAAACUAAUUUCACCAACAACUUGUGCCAACGGAACACAAGAUAUGCUUUUUAUUGUGCAGCGUGGUGAAAUAAGCAAAAUAUCACUGGACUCACCAGAUUUUACAAUAUUUCCAAUGCCAUUCGGAAAAGUUAAAUAUGCCAUCGCUAUAGAUUAUGAUCCUGUCGACGAAUAUAUUUAUUGGUCUGAUGUUGAAGCUUUUGCAAUAAAACGUGCACGUGAGGAUGGAACUGGUUUGUCUGAUUUUGUUACAUCAGACGUCCGCCAUCCAGAUGGUUUAGCAGUUGAUUGGUUGGCUAGAAAUUUGUAUUGGACGGAUACUGUGACAGACCGUAUAGAAGUGUGUCGUUUGGAUGGAUCUGCCCGUAAAGUUCUUAUAUAUGAACAUUUAGAGGAACCGAGAGCAAUUGCUUUGGCACCAACACUUGGUUGGAUGUUUUGGAGUGACUGGAAUGAAAAGAAACCAAAAGUAGAACGAUCCUCAUUGGACGGUUCGGAACGUGUGGUAUUGGUCUCGGAAGAUCUUGGUUGGCCUAAUGGUAUAGCACUUGAUAUUGAAGCGAAAACCAUUUACUGGUGUGAUGGGAAAACCCACAAAAUUGAAGUCGCAAAUAUGGAUGGCUCAGAUCGGCGAGUAGUGAUAAGCGAAAAUCUGAAACAUUUAUUUGGCUUAAGUCUGUUCAAUGAUUAUUUAUACUGGACAGACUGGCAACGACGGUCUAUAGAUCGUGCACAUAAAGUAGCAGGUGCUAAUCGUAUCAACGUUGUAGAUCAGUACCCAGACCUAAUGGGAUUGAAAGUAGCACGUUUGCGAGAAGUAAAAGGCACUAAUGCUUGUGCUGUUCAAAAUGGUGGGUGCUCCCAUUUAUGUUUAAAUCGCCCAAGUGAUUACGUAUGUCGAUGCUCUAUAGAGUAUGAAUUAGCUAAUGAUAAAAAAACGUGUGUCAUACCAGAAGCCUUGUUACUAUUUGCAAGACAGGAACAUAUCGGACGCAUUUCUAUUGAUAACAAUGAAGGCAAUCACAACGAUGAAAAAAUUCCCUUUAAGGAUGUACGUGAUGCACAUGCCAUGGAUGUUGAUGUAGCAGAGCGACGUUUAUAUUGGACUGACUUAAAAUCCAAAUGCAUUUUUAGGGCUUUUCUUAAUGGUUCCUAUGUACAACGCAUAGUUGAUGCCGGACUAAUACGUCCCGAGGGUAUAGCUGUUGAUUGGCUAGCUCAUAAUAUAUUUUGGACAGAUUCUGAGGCACGGCGCAUUGAAGUAGCACGCUUAGAUGGUAGCAGUCGAAAAGUUUUAAUAUGGAAAGGCAUAGAAGAACCACGAUCCCUAGUGCUGGAACUCAAAAAAGGUCUUAUGUAUUGGACAGAGUCACCAUCAGAUUCGAUACGACGUGCGACUAUGGAUGGUGCUGACCUGCACACAAUAAUAUCUGCAGCAAACCAUGCAACCGGUCUAACGCUUGAUCCAGAAACUGGUCGACUUUAUUGGGCAACACAAACUCGUCCAACCAAAAUCGAAUCCGCUGACUGGGAUGGAAAACGACGUAUGGUACUAAUAAGUUCUGACGUUGAUGAACCUUACGCUCUAUCGUUGUAUAGAGAUUACGUUUACUGGAGCGAUUGGAGUUCUGGUGACAUAGAACGUGUUAACAAGAUAAAUGGACAAAAUCGGACUUUAGUACAUAAGGGUAUGCCAUACAUAACAUCAUUGUAUGUAUUCCAUAAAUAUAGACAGACCGGUAGUAAUGCUUGCAAAAUCAAUAAUGGUGGUUGCACUCACUUAUGUUUAGUUGUGAAAUCCAGUCAACGUGGUAUGGUGUGUGCUUGUCCCACACAUUACAUCUUAGCUAAGGACAAUGUUUCCUGUAUACCACCUAAAAAUUAUAUCAUCUUCAGUCAGAGAAAUAGUUUCGGACGACUUCUGGCAAAUACUACAGACUGUCCAAAUGUGCCAUUGCCAGUUAUUGGCAAAAAUAUACGCGCUGUGGAAUACGAUCCAAUAUCGCAUCACAUUUAUUGGGUUGAAGGGCGAAGUCAUAGUAUUAAGCGUUCUCCUGCCAAUGGCACACGAAUUUCUGUGAUAGUCGGAUCUGGGUCACAGCCUUUUGAUAUUGCACUUGAUGUUAUUGGUAGAUUGCUCUAUUGGACCUGCUCCCAUUCAAACAGUAUAAAUGUAACAAGUUUUGACGGAGAUAAUAUUGGUGUAAUCGAUACUGGCGACUCUGAGAAACCGCGCAAUAUAGCAGUACAUGUUAUGAAGCGGUUGCUUUUUUGGACUGAUGUCGGUUCUCAGCAAGCUAUUAUACGAGCACGUGUAGAUGGAGCAGAGCGCGUGGUUUUAGCAUUCAAAUUGGAAGGCGUGACAGCAUUGGCAAUUGACCAACAAAGUGACAUGAUUUUUUAUGCGCAUGGCAAACGUAUUGAUUACAUGGAUAUUAAUGGCAAGAAUAAAAAAAUACUUGUGUCCGCACACAUAUCUCAAGUGAUUUCCAUAGCUGCUUUACAAGGAUAUGUGUACUGGUUAGAUGAUAAAACAGGCGUAGAACGUGUAGCUAUUAAUGGUAACGAACGCCGACCUGAAAUGCAACGUUUACCACAAAUUACAGAUAUCGUUUCUGUUUGGACUCCUGAAAUAAAACAAUUUCGCAAUCAUACUUGUCUGCAGAGCCGAACCAAGUGCUCUCAUAUUUGCAUUGCAUCAUCAGAGGGACGUUCUCGUGAAAUAUGUGCAUGUCCAAAAAAUCUUAUGUUGCUAGAAGAUAAACAAAAUUGUGGCGCUCUUCCCGCUUGUGGACCAGACCAUUUUACUUGUGCAGCACCUGUCAUGGGUGGUGGACUUAACAAUGAUAUGAAUAAGGAUUGUAUACCAGCAUCUUGGCGUUGUGAUGGACAAGAUGAUUGCCCAGACAAAUCAGAUGAAGUAGGCUGUCCCUCAUGCAGGCCCGACCAAUUCAGUUGCCAGUCGGGUGAAUGUAUAGACAAAUCACUAGUUUGUGAUGGUACUACAAAUUGUGGAAAUGGACACGAUGAAGCUGAUUGUUGUAAACGUCUCGGUGAAUUUCAAUGCCCUAUAAAUAAACUUUGCAUAUCUUCAACACUGCUCUGUGACGGUUGGGACAAUUGCGCUGAUGGCGCUGAUGAAUCAGCCGAAAUUUGUUCUACUGCUAACACACGUCGCAUGGCACCUUCAUCUGAUAAAAAGGCAUUUAUGAUACUAAUAGGUGCUACUAUGAUAACAAUUUUUUCGAUUGUUUAUUUAUUGCAAUUUUGCCGUUCACGACUCGGUAAAAAUCGUAAUGUACCCAAAGAUGAUCAAGCUUCAGAUCCAUUGUCUCCAUCUACACUUAGUAAAUCACAACGUGUCUCAAAAAUUGCGUCCGUAGCAGAUGCUAUGCGCAUGUCUACAUUGAAUUCACGCAAUAGCAUGAAUUCAUAUGAUCGCAAUCAUAUAACUGGUGCAUCCAGUUCAACAACAAAUGGUAGUAGCAUGGCGGCGUAUCCUAUUAAUCCACCACCAUCACCUGCAUCACGUUCACGUCGUCCCUAUCGUCACUAUAGAAUUAUCAAUCAACCGCCACCGCCAACACCUUGUUCAACAGAUAUUUGUGAUGAAUCGGAUUCUAAUUACACAAGUAAAUCCAAUAGCAACAAUAGCAAUGGCGGCACAAAACUUUCAUCAUCAUCGGGUGCUGCAUGUUUACAGUAUCAAUAUGAUAGUGAACCGUAUCCACCACCACCAACACCACGUUCACACUAUCACAGUGAUGUGCGGAUAGUGCCUGAAUCGUCUUGUCCGCCCUCGCCUAGUUCACGUUCUUCUACUUACUUUUCACCGUUACCACCACCACCGUCACCGGUGCAGUCGCCAAGUAGAGGAUUCACAUAACAUUUUGAGAUUUUUAUGUAAAAAGUUUUAUCUAAGAUUUGUUUUUGUAAUAAUAUUGAUUGUUAGAAAUUUUAUCUUUAAAUUUAUGUUCCAAAAGAAUGUUGAAAUGAGUAAGUACAACAAAAAUCUUUUAAGAUUUGCUUUAAAAUAAAUUUAAUUAAUUAUUAUGUUCAAUAAUAACAACGAUGCUUCCGAACUAUGU